AGAGUCAUUAUUUUCACGUAUUAUGUAACAAGUACUUCAAUCUAACCUAAGAGCAUCAGUUGUAAUCCCGCUAACAGCCACCAGGGCGAAGUGCAUUUCUUAGGUUACAGGGAGUCCUGGAAAUCUGGCACCAAGUCUCCAGCCAAAGACGUAGGUGUAGACGAGGAACAAAAGACCCUCGUGCCGCCCUCCAGCGGCUCCGCUCCGAAUGCGCCCGGUGGGACUCCCGUGCAAGGGUCACUGCCCACGGAGCCAGGACUGACGCGAAGGGCACGCGAUGGCCCGAGGCCCGGCCAACGUGGAGGACAGGCGCCGGGCAGGCCCGGAGCGCAUGCUCGGCCAGGCACCGACGGCCGAGCCCAGACAGCCCGGGUCCCAGGGGCGCGAGCCCGCUAAGGGAGCCCGGGGCUCCAUCUUGCCCGGCGGCAGUCUGGGGUCACCACUGUCGUGCGGUCCCGCCGCAAUCUCGGCGCGCAAACUCUUGGCGGCCGAGGACAAGGCCUAUGGUAGAGCGCGAUNGGGCUCGUUCCGGGCCAAGUUUCUCGUCCCCACGGGUUCGGUUCUGAUNGGCCCCAAGUUCUCCCAACAGAUCCCACAAAAUGGAGGCCGACGUCUCCUCCCGCCGUAGCCAUGGCGGAGGUGGGACACCCUUCCCACGGGCCAGGCAAGGUGGAAGCGCCUGCACGGCCGCCAGCGAACCAGUC